AUCUGAUGAGCGAGACUCAGAUGACCGACGAGAUGCUGAGCGAUGAAUAUCUCGUGGAACUGAUCACGAAAUUCAUAUCCAAAGACUUGCCGCAAGUGGUGAAGGAUAAGCUGCUCAGAGAUAUGAGACAAACGGGAGGGGAUGUGAACGCAAAGUUGGCUAAAUUGGCGUCAGAGCUCCGGGAGUUUGUGGGCAAAGGACUGGUGGCUAAGAAUUUGGAUGAGAUCCUCAAGAGUAGCUUCUUUAGGGCAAAGCUCUUCAGUGGGUAUCGGCUGAAGAUGAAGACUAAACUGAAGCAAAAGGCGUUAAAUUUGGGCAAAAAGUGGUUGGAAAUGAGUGGUAAACUACUGAUCAUUAAACCCAAUGAAGGUAAGGGUGACAAAGGUGAUGGACAGCCGGCUUCCGGUGAGGUUAUCAUUGGGCAACAGAUCGAUCGCAUCAAAGACUCGUAUUUUUUGCCCGAAAAGGGAUUGGAGGGGCGGUUGAACUUCAAGGCAGUGGAGGACAAUCCGGAUGAUCUGAGUUUCGACAGAAUCGCCGACUCUAUCAACGAAUUUCUUGUGAAAUAAGUUUAUAUUUUUGAAAAUAUAUUUCCA